UUGCCAAAAGGAAAAUUGGCGUUCAGCCCGAACGAAAUUCGGUCCGAGCAUUCACGGGGGAAUAAAAUCUGCGAACGUGUAGGGUGAUACCGUUAACGCGGAUCGCCCCCCCCACCACAAGCGCCGCCAUGGGCGUCGUCGGCAAGCUCCUCGGCAAACUAAAUGCGUUCGAUCCCAAACGAGACGGCUUCGCCGGAGCCGUCACGGACGCGAGCGAACAGACCAAACUCGGCGCCUUCCUCUCCGUCGUGGUCCUCCCGAUGUGCGUCGCGGCUUACUCAGCCCUCUACUUCGUCCAGUUCUACUACGGCUUCGGGGAGAGUGCGCCGCCGCUGUACAAGGUGACCACGGCCGAGACGCUCCAGUACGGGAACCAGGUCAAGGAGCUCGCCUUGGAGUGCACCAACCCGAACGGAUGCUACUUCAGGCUCCCGCAGGGAGGGGCGACCAUGUGCCAGAGCGGAAAGAUAAAUCAAGCUGCCCCUGACACUGACUUUUGCGACACGUCGUCCACCCCCCCGGCGGGCCCCACCCCCCCGGCGGGCGGCAACAACCAGAAUCCGAAUCCGGGCCCCAACCCACCAGUGAACGGACGCAAGCUGCUCGCGGAUGAGUACCCUUGGCGCCAGGCUGCGCGGAGCCUCCUCGAGACUCCGCCGACGGAGGCAAAAUGCUCCGGCAAGGUUGACUGCGGCAAGGUCAUGGACGCGGACGACGGAGUCUGCGCGUUCGCGCUCUCCGACCCCACCGACGCCCUCACCGUCGCGUGGAGGGACGACAGCAUGGCUUCGAAUCAAAACCCUAAACCAAAGUGCCAAGGUCACUGCAACUUCGGCGUGUCGCUCGUGACUGAUUACCUCGACGAGGACAGCCAGAAGAUCAAGCAGAAGAAGAUCCGCGUGUACCGCGGCAUCACGCUCCUGUCCCUCGUCGAGCGCCACGACCCACAGAUGCAGUGGGACUCCUCGCACCCGGACAAGGCCACCAAAUCCGGCCGCACGGUCAUCUACGAGUGGGGAAUCACCCCGGUGGACAUCGUUGGCACGGUGGACUCCUCAAACCUCUGCUGGUCAGAUAUGAAGGACGCAUCUGACAUCAAAACUUCGAUCGUCAACAGCGAAGAAGUCGUCAACGCCAAGGGCGUCAAGUUCAAUCCGUUCCCGCUCUACACCAAGGUGACCACGUCGUAUCCCUCGCCGGUCAUGGCUUACCUCGCGGCGGUCGGUGGUAUCGCCGCCACCCUCGGCGGAAUGUUCGGCAUCGUCCACACCGUGCACCUCGAGUUGCUGAAGCGCAAGGACGCCAUCGAGGCUGGACUGAAGAGGAGCGCUCCCGCGGAGAACGCCGCGUGAUGAGCCAUCCGACCCAAAACUUCGCUUUCCCGCCUGUGCGUGCUCUAUGUUAUCGUGUCAUCCUGCCUGCCUGCUACCUUCGUACUCAUAGUGUUACUUCCAAUAAAAAUCUGAGAGAUGUGAUG